AGCGAGUUCGUAGCACCUAUAAGCCACCACGGACCAGUGCAGUGCAGCGUCGCGGCGCCUCUAAGCGCCGGGCGUCCUCAGUUAUCUGUAUGAUGUCCCCGUGAACGCUCGACUACAUGUUUCUCUCAGUGGUAGACGUUCGGACACGUGUCUACCCGAACUACUUGUGAACUUGCUUCUGGUUGUUUGACAAUAUUUUCUUAAUCCUGUGAAAAAUUAAAAAAAAGUGUAUCUGCAAACGACGCCGCUCAUCAACGCAGGCGUCGACGCAUUAAAUGAACCAGUGAUCUCCGUUGAGGCGUAUGUCCAGAGAAGUCCGAUAUGAGUACCGAAGGAAGAGCGUUCCCAGGGAAAAGAUGACGCCACGACGUCACAUCCUGGCUGGGAUUCGUAGGUCGAUUGUAGCUGCAGGCGUAUUAGUUCUCGUCAUCUUAGCAUUUUACAACCGGGAUAGUACAAACAACAUACAGCAGACGGCAGGAAUAGAGGAUGACAUAAGAUUGACGUUAGAAGAAAGAAUAAUGGAGCAAACGGCAAUGGUAGAUACAGAGAUGCGAUUGGGUGAAAGACGAAACUUUCUGGCGGAAAAGUGUAUUCAAGAAGGUCUCGAUCGUCCUGGCAACGACUCGCUCCACAGACCAAACGCUUGGGAAUUCCUUAUAAAUAGAGAAUACCACCUGAUUUGGUGCAACGUGUUUAAAGCAGCAUCCACAUCCUGGAUGUACAACUUCAAUUUACUUGCUGGAUACAGCCCACAAUUUCUGAAGGCGACCAAAGCUGUGCCGGUAUACUUGGCGCGGCAAAGGUAUCCCAGACCGACCGCGGAAGAGCUUGGAAAGUUCCUAAAUGACAGCAUAAGUUUCCUGAUUGUAAGACAUCCCUUUGAACGUCUGCUCAGCGGAUAUAGGGAUAAGUUCGAGCAGAGUUUACCUCACACAUUUCAUAGUAAACUUGGAUCUUAUAUUGUUUCACAUUAUAGAGUAAGAGAUCAAAAAGGAGGAAAACAGGGUCCAAGAUUCCCUCUUUUUGAAGAAUUUGUCAGAUGGCUUUUAUGCGAAUGGGGAGCAGGAAAGGAACUCGACAUGCACUGGACUCCAGUCAUCAACUUUUGUACGCCUUGUCAAGUACGAUUUGACGUAAUUGCAAAAUUUGAAACGUUACACGACGACCAGAAUUAUUUGAUUAGAAAGGCGGGAGUAGGUCACAUCAUUAAACCAGAAUGGCAAAACCCGACUCGUGGCGCACAAACAAAAGAUGUGAUUAAACAUUAUUUUACACAAUUAUCGACUACGCAAAUCAGCGAAUUAUACGAAAUGUUUAGGUAUGAUUUCAUUCUUUUCGACUACUCGCCGGAGGAAUAUUUAGCUUUAGGAAGGAAAGAAAUUACUACUCUACUAUGCAACAAAUAGAUUUGAAACUAUUCUGCCUACAACAAGCUCAAACUGAGAGCACCUUAGUUUUUUACCAGUUUUAAUAUUACAAUUGUAACAUAGCAACGAAUCCCUUAUUGGAUGAGAAGGUACUAACUUGUGAGACGGUUUAAAUAAUCUGUUAUCUAAAAAUCUUAAAAGGGUUCCAAGUUUUUAUUGGAAUAAUAUAGAAUAUACAUUUUCUAAUGUAUAAAGUUAAUUAAAAUUUUAAUAUAUUUACAGAAGUUGAGAUUUGCGGUUAUGUAAAUAAUUAGAUAGCGAAGUCUUGUAAGAAAAUCAUGAAACAUCAGAUUAUUUACUUUAGCGAUUGAAACGGUUGUAUGCAGUCGACUCAAUAAUAACGUCCCUGUACGAUGACAAAGUCCAGACAAAUUUAAAGCAAAUUCAUCGAAAAUUUGACAAAUUUUACGUGUUAUGUUUCCACUCACAACAUUCAUGUUGUUGAAACGAAAUAUUUUUCUUCGAUAGAUUUAGUUUGUAUGAAUUUUCGCCGCAAGUGAUGGAUAAUAAGCCGCUUAGUGACUUUUGUUAUUAGAAAUAAAAAGCCAGAAUUAUACUUGAAAACAAGUUGAGAAAAUAAAAAGGCUUCGAACUUUAUUUCAAAUUGUUGUAGUAUACUCAAGUUGAUUCAGUAAUCACAAUUUUAAAAUAAAGUACACGGAUGACAAAAAUAA